ACCUUCCUCGACUGGCUGGGCUUGUUAGAGCUCACGCCCGUACCUGUUUGCUAGUUUGCUGAGACACCUGUCAGGGACGAAAGAGUUUUCUACUGCUCACUUCGGCUACACUCAGCUGUGUGAAGAGUGCCCUGUUGGACAUAAGGGUUGGACAGGUUGCCUGUAGGGGAAAGCACAGAGACCCCACCAGAAGAAACAUGUCAAGCGAGGGAGACCGAGCAUCUGUGCUUCGCACCAUCAAAGUACGAACAAAGCUGAAGGGAGACGGCAGCUGGCUGCAGCGCCAAGAUGAACCUCAGGCUGAAACUCAGGAGGAGGAAAAGCCAUGGUUGGCAGAAGUUAGAGACAGGCGUUUGAACGGAACUCCCAUUGAAACAAGCCCAGUUUCCUCACCAGUAAUGUCCACGCCGCCACCAGUAAAGUCUGACACUGAGAGUAAACCAGCAACACAAGGAUAUUUGAUCAGGGGUGUUUUUACUAAACUAGAAACGCCUGUUUCAACUCCAUCAUAUAAUGGCACAAGCAUACCAAAAACAUUCACUAAAAGGCCUUCAGAGACCUACAAGAGGAUAGCCCCUCACAUUGUGAGGAACACUUCAGAGAACCCCGAGGGCCAGCUCAGCUUUGAGGAGCAGGAGAGACGGACGGAGGCCGCCCUACAUGUUAUGAAGACAAAAGCAGAGAGAAAGAGAUCCUAUGUUAUGUCUGCUGCUAAGUUAUAUGAGACUAAAGAUUCACCACCUGACACUUCUUUGGCCACCAGCAGUCCUUCAUUUGUGGCUAAAAGGGUGGAGAUUUUUGAUGAUGCCGACAGCACGGUGGAACCAUCCCCUGCUGUUUCUCCCACAUCUGCUGCCUCUGCUCCUGCACCCAAACCACAGACAGCCUCCAGUAUUGACACAAUUGCGGCCUUGUCCGACACCCUCAUUUCUUUGGACACAAACCCUAGCAGCGCUGAAAACAACAAGCAAGAGCUGGCAGAGGAAGAAGAAAGCCCGAUGGACAGUCCCACCCCAGAGGACAGUGUUGAACAGGAGCCAGAUACAGCACCCAGAGAUGGCAAACCAAUAACAGGCGAUCUCCUGGGUUUCAGUGAUGGUCCAGAAGAACCAGCGGAGCCUGUUCCAUCCAGCCCGGGACGCUGGAGUCAGGAUCUACUCACUGGACUUGGCAGCCUCAGCAUGCAGCAGCAGGAGGAGGAGAAGCAGACGGAUGAGACAAACGUGGAAACACAAAGCUCGGCUGAUCCGUUUGAUCCAAAUCCGAUAGGGACUGCAUCCCAUAACAGCCCCCCUGACCUGUUUGAGCCCUCCGCUGAUGUUUCCAUCAACAGUUCAGCAGCAACAGAGGAGACGAGGGAAUGUCCAAGUCCAGAAGUGCUUGAUUACCAUGUAGCAGUACCAGAAAUACUCUGCUCAUGUCCCAACGAAGCGAAACCGACCAUAACACCAGUGGGAGUUGAACAAGUUAUCUUGAAGAUAAUUCCAAGCAAAGAGGAGCCUAAGAACAAUGCGGGGGAAGAGGAGAAAGUAGAAGAGGAAGAGCUGAUCAAUGUGGUGGAGAAACAACUCCAUCUCUUCUUUCUCCAGGAGGAGAAAGAAGAAGGGGAGAAUGAGGAGGAGGAGAAAGUAGAAGAGGAUGAGGAGAAUGAAGAGGAGGACAAACUACAAAAGGAAGAGGAGAAUGAAGAGGAGGAGAAGGUAGAAGAGGAGGAGAAAGUAGAAGAGGAUGAGGAGAAUGAGGAGGAGGACAAAGUACAAGAGGAAGAGGAGAAAGUAGAAGAAGAGGAGAAUGAGCAGGGGAAAGUAGACGAGGAAGAGGAUGAUAAGGAGGAGGAGAAAGUAAAAGAGGAUGAGGAGGAAGAUCAGAAAGUAGAAGAGAAAAAAGAGGAUAAGGAGGAAAAGGAGAAAGUAGAAGAGGAAGAGGAGUCUAAGGAAGAACAGGAAGAUGAGAUGACAGAAGAGGAUGAGGACAAAGAUGAAGAAAGCUCUGACGGUUCCUGGACCACCACAUGGGAAAUCCCUCAUGAGACAAGCACGGUGGAGAGCCAAGAAGCCAAGACAGACGACAAGGCUGGAGAUCAGCAGACAGUGAUCAUGUUUGAGAGAAAGUCCACUGAGAAUGACUCCCCUUGGGAUAAAUGGACGUCCCCCACUGUUUAUACCAUCUCCACUGGGACGGGAGAUGGUGAUGAGGAGGAAGUAGAGGAGGAAGAACGGCCAGCUGUGGUAGUGGAAGAGCGACGGGUCCCAACACCGGAACCGGAACCAGAAAGCAAAAAGCCUUUUGUGUAUGUGAAGGAGUACGUCGACGCAAGUGAGCAUUUGCUCAAUCUCAGCGACCCACUCAAUGGGUCAGAUGAUUUUGCAUCAAGCUCCAUCAGUUACUCGUACAGCAGCCCCUCCAGCUACACUAGGGUCUCCCUGUCGUCCACCUGCACGUACUGCGGAAAGCAGGUGGGCAACGAUGCCAAGAUCAGCAUCGAGCACCUCAAUAUUAACUGCCACCCUGAGUGCUUCAAGUGUGAUGUGUGCAGUAGGCCAAUGGGAGACCUUCUCCACAGUAUGUUCCUGCACAAGAAAAAGGUCCACUGCGAGAGCUGUUACGCCACCGUUAUUUAAUCCUCGGAGCUUUUCAUCACCUCCUUAUCCUUGUCCCCGCUCAUUCAUGUUCAUUUGCAUAAUAAGUGAGAACUGCUCUGAAGUUUGCACCGAUUUCUUUCUUACUUUGCUGUAACACAUUUUAAAGUCAUAAAAAAAAAGAAAGUGGAAUUGUCAGUAUGAUAGUCAUGUUGAACAGACUAUUUUUUGGGGGGAUGAAAUAUGUUUGUGUGUCAGUUACAAUGAAGGAUGUGUUUUAUAUGUUUUUUAUGUAAAGAUUCACAAUAUCAGGUGGGCUUGGACAAUGUAAUUUGAUAUAGAAGGCUCGCUAUUUUUAAAAAUCUUUUUGCUUAUUUUACUCAUCUCGAUACAAAAUAGUGUGUUGAAAUGUACGAUGCAUUGCUAACAAAAUAAAAUGACUUACAAAAUCCUGGUA